AUGCUUUUUGGGGUGAAGGCCCUGCUGCUGAAAGAGGGCAUGGAUGGGGGAGAGGGUGGGGAGAACGGGGGUGAAGCGGCGGGUGAGCAGAAGGAAGGGGGAGAGGGGGCAGCGGGGGGGGGGCAAGGUGGGGGCGAAACAGGAGAGGAGGAGGGGCAAGGAGAGGGGGGCGAUGGGGAUGUGAGUCCUGUAGCGAGAGGGGAAAACGUGGUGGCGAAAUGGGAGAAGGAGGAGAAGGAGGCAGAGACCCGCAGACGCAGGGCAGCAGCACAGCACGGGGACUUGCUGAAAAUGCAGCUGCAGGAAUUGAUCUCCUGGUGGGAAAAAAAGGUCGACGGGCGUCUGGGCCCCCGCGAGCGUGACCCGUUUCAGGGCAAGCCGGAGGAGGAAAAGGCAGCGAAAGAAGAGCUGUUUGAGACGGUGUUAGCGGUGGUUCGGCUGCUGCCGGCGUUUCCUACGGAGUGCCAGGGGAGCCUUGGGAAGAUGUGUGAUGUGGGCGGGGAGGUGUGUGAGAGGACGGAUGUGGAUUUGUACUGGGUGGAACGGGUGGUGGCUUAUAAUCCUCCCGAGGUUCUCAAGAUGAUGCGCACAGAGAAGGGCAUCAAACAGCUGGAGGUGACGAUGCAGGAGAGGAAGGUGCGGGCGAGUGAGGAGGUGGUGGCACAGAUGAUUAGCAACUCAGCAGCACAGCUGAGGGAGGGCGGCGUGGAGACAGAAGCCUUUGUGCUCAGCCUCAAGUGCCCUCUCUCCCUCACCCGCAUCAAGGUGCCAGUGCGGGGCAAGAAGUGCUCUCACGAGAGCACAUUUGAUCUGGCUUCCUACCUGCGCUUGAACCAAGGCCUUGCCAAGAACGUCAAGCGAGCGUGGCGCUGCCCUGUUUGCUACCAGCAACUGCUGUGGUCCGAGCUGUUCCUGGAUGGAUUCAUGCAAAAGAUUCUUGAUGAAACGAGUGACGAGGUUGACGAGGUGGAGGUUUUUCCAGAUGGCAGGUGGAGAGUGGUGGAGAACGGUGGUGGGGAGGACGGGAGCUGUUCUGAGUCGGAUGAAGAGGAGAGGAUGAUAAUGAUUGCAUUGAAGCGAAGAGAGGAGGAGAGGAGGAGGAAGGCGGAGGAGGAGGAAAAGAGGAAGAAGGAAGAGGAGGCGAGUGGGGCAUUGGAGAGAGGGACGGAGGGAGAUGGAGUGCAAUCGAGUGCGGUUGGGAGUGGGGAGGAGGGAGGAAGGAGGGGUGGGGAAGGAGAGGGGAGGGAGGAUGAGGAAGAGGACGUAAUAGAGACUGCUGGAGAGGAGGGGAGAGAGGGGAUGAGAGAGGGAGUGAGAGAAGGUGAGGGGAGAGGCGAGGGGUGUGAGGAGGGAAACCGGGUGGAGGAGGUAGAAGCCGUGGAGGUGGAGGUUAAUGGUGGUUACCAGAACAUGAAUGGGGUGACUCUUGAGCCGACCGAAAAGGCACUUCAAAACCAGGUGGAGGGGGGGGAAGCUGUGGAGGUAGCUGGUGGUGACCACCAGGUGAAUGGGGGGACUCUUGAGACGACCCAAAACGCAUCUCGCAACCGGAUGGAGGACGAAGCUGUGGAGGUAGCUGGUGGUGACCACCAGGUGAAUGGGGUUACAGCGAGUCCGGCCUGUGUAACAGGAAGGGAGGCGGACAUGGGUACAACAAGAUCAGUUUUGGGAGACGAUGUCUUAUGUGGUGCUUCUCAAAACGGGACAGCAAGAGAGACAGCCUCACUGGCACCUAUUCUAGUUUCAAGGGACACACUUGCACCCGGUUCAGUGUUGAGCGAGACAGUUCUUUCCUGUUCUAGUCAAACCGUGACUGCAAGAGACACGGACAUGGUAACAGCAAGUUUGACUCACGUGAAUGGGCGCACAGGGAGUGAACUCUCUGUGCAGGGAAGGGAGCCAGUUACUCCCUGUUCUACUCAAACCGUGACUGCAAGAGACACGGACAUGGUAACCGCAGCAAGUUCGCCUCACAUGAAUGGACUUGAAGUGAGUGAACCCUGUGUGCGAGGAAGGGACAUGGUUCUAGCAGGGGUUGCUUCCCUGGAUGGACAAGUGGAGCUUGCUAGGUUUUCAGAGGCAGGAAAGGGUGGGCCAGAGAGGGGAGGGAGUAGCUCUGAGGCAGGGAGAGAUGGGCCAGCAGCAGCUGUGGUGGAGAGGGCAGCGGCGGUGGUGGUGGUGGGUGGGGCUUCGAGUGGCGUUGCUCUUAAGGCGCCUCAAUCAUCGGCACACAUGGAUGGACAAGUGGGGGUUGAGGGUUUUUCAGAGGCAGGGAAGAGUGGCGCAGCAGCUGCAGUGGUGGGUGCAGCGUUUAGUGGGGCUUUUAGACCAGCAGGCGAUGCCGUAGCAGGGAUGGCAUGUGAGGCGCAUGGGCGUGCAGAAGGGAUGGAUGGAAUGAUUGAAGAAAAACCGGAUGCUAAUUACAGUGGGCGUGCAGGGAUUUCAAUGGGCGUGCAUGCAGCAGCAGGGAUGGCAUGUGAGGCACAUGGGCGUGCAGAAGGGAUGGAUGGAAUGAUUGAAGAGAAACCGGCUGCUGAUUACAGUGGGCGUGGGCUUGAGGAGAAGAGUUUUGGGGAAGAGAAGGAGCAAAGGGGGAAGGGUCGAGACCUGGUGGUGGGGAGUGUGGUGGGAGGAGGGGAGGUGAAAAAGGAGGAGCAAGUGGGGGAGGGUUGUGGUCUGCUGGUGGGGAGUGUGGUGGGAGGAGGGGAGCUGACGAAGGCGGAGCAAGUGGGGGAGGGUUGUGAUCUCCUGGUGGAAAGUGUGGUGGGAGGAGGGGAGGUGGGAGGAGGGGAGGUGGGAGAGGAGGGCUGUGCUAGGGGAAGGGGCACGAGCGUGGGUGGAGUUAAGAGGAAGAGAGAUGGAGAUACGGGAGGAGAAGGACGGGAAGGUGGAGGAAAGGGAGAGGGGGAAGCGGAAGGAAGUCAGGAACAGGUUGAAAAGGUUCUAGAUAUGGGGAAGGAGAGGAGGAAUGGGAAGGAUGAGAAGGAUGAGAAGAUUGGGAAGGUUGGGAAGGGAGGGGGGGAGGAAAUGGACGGGAAAGAGGGGAAGGGAGGGAAGGAUGGUGUAAGCACGGGCGGUUCUGCUGGCAGUGGUGGUUCAGGCAGCGCCUCUGGGCAACGGAAGGGCAAGAAGACUUUUAUGGUGCUCCGCACUGCGAUGGCUGAAGGGGGUUCAGUUGAAAGGAAGGAUGGGAAGGAUGGUGUUAGCAUGGGUGGUUCUGCUGGCAGUGGUGGUUCGGGCAGCAGCUCAGGGCAUCGGAAGGGCAAGAAGACUGUUAUGGUGGUCCGCGAUUUGCAUGUCAUCUGCACGAAGGAAGAGGCCGCUCAGAUUCGACUGCAGUUGGAACAGGCUCAGCAGGGACAGCAGGGGCAGCAGCAGGGGCAGCAGGGGCAGCAGCAGGGGCAGCAGGGGCAGCAGCAGGGGCAGCAGGGGCAGGGGCAGGAGCAGGAGCAGCAGGUGCAGGGGCAGGGGCAGCAGGGGCAGCAGCAGCAAAGAGUGAUUAGAGGUGUGGAGGAGGGAAGCAAAGGAGGAGCAACAGCUUCUAGGGGGGUGGUUGUUGCUCUAAGAGCAAGAGGGAGUGGUUCAAACGAUUCUGCAGCAUCAUUAGGGAGAGGUGGCGUGAUGGAGGAGGGAGGUAGAGGAGAAGCAUCAGCUUCUGGAGGGUUUGUUGUUGCCACACGAGCACGAGCAAAGGGUUCAAGUGAUUCAGCAGCAGCAUCCUCUGGGAGAGGUGGUGUGGUGGAGAGUAGGAGGGACACACGUGGGACUGUAGAGAGGGAGAAGCGGGGUAGUGUGAGUAGCAGUGUGACAGUAAAGGGUGCUGUUGUGAGUACGAGGGGUGGUACUACUCCUGGGGGGGGGAAGACUGCUGUUGGGAAGAGUGGUGCUGGUGCUAAGGGUGCUGCUGCUAAGACUGCCGGUGCUAAGAGUGCUGGUACUGCUAAAGCUGUGGAAGCAGAGGUGAUUGAACUGCUCUCAGAUUCAGAUGAAGAGGAGGUGGAGGAGAAGGGUGGUGGUGAUGCUGGUGGUGCUGCUGGUGGUGCUGCUAGUGGUGGUGGUAGUGGUGGUGCUGGUGGUGCUGGUAAUGGUGGUGGUGGUGCUGCUGCUGCUGCUGCUGCUGCUGCUGCUGUUGCUGCUGCUGCUUCUGCUGGUGGAGGUGCUUCCGCUGGUGGAGAGCAGAGGGAGGGCAGCGGGCAGUGCAAGAGGGCAUGUGCCACAUGCUGUCCCAAACCUUCCUUCUUUCCUCCUGUUCUCUCUCCCUUCUUCCCUGCCUUUUGUCUUCCAGAGCAGCUCGUUCGCCCUGCCUCUAAAGGCGCGUCUCACCCUAAUGCUCACCACACCCACUCGCACCUCGUUCCUAACCAGCCUGCUCGUCCUGCUCCUACUGGGAAUCCCGCUCCCGCUCUCAACCCCGCUCUAAAGAAUGCCGUGGUUUCCUCUCCUCUCUCAUCCAUCGCCUCGUCUGUCCCUUCCUCUACCCCCUCGUCUGUCCCUUCCUCUACCCCCUCGUCUCUUACCUCUGCCACGCACUCAGUGGCUGCACUCUUACCGCCUGUUGGCUCUAAACAAGUCCUCACUUCGACCUCACUUCCUGCAGCUGCCCCUGAGAAUUCUCAGAAGUGA